GAAUUAUAAGACUGAUCCUCGUUUUCGUCAAGGAGAAGUAAACUACAGAGAGAAGUGCAAUUACCCUUCCCUAAAAAAAUGAACGCAUCACAGUUCAUGGACAAGCAGAUUAUGGAUUUAACUUCCUCCUCCUCAAAACAAAACUCCGGCGACCAAGACGACACCGCCGCCGCCAACAUUGAUCUCAACAUUGAUCCAAUUCAUCACGAUCAACGGGAAAACGACCAACAACAACAGCAGCAGAACAGCAGUAAUAGUAAUUUAUAUGACAUAAAUAGCAUAAUUGGCGACGAAAAUAAUGGAAUUCAGAGAGAAGAGAUCCUCGCUAGCUAUGAUUUCCAGCCAAUUAGACCUAUUACUACAUCAAACAGUGUAGAUUCUUCUACUGUUGGUUCUAGGGUUUUGAAUUCCCCUGAUUCUAACUCCAAUUUCACCGCCUUUCCGCUCAGAAAUUAUGGUUCUUUGGACUCCAUUGCACCUGCAAAAGUCAUCAUUGAGAAUGAUCAGAAUGCUUGUAAUGCAGCAAUGAUGUCUGAGAUCGAUAAAACAAUGAAGAAAUAUACUAACAAUUUGUUGCAUAUUUUGGAAGGUGUUAGUGCACGACUAACCCAACUGGAGAGUAGAAGUCGUCACCUUGAGAAUACUGUGGAUGAGUUGAAAGUGUCUAUUGGUAACAAUCAUGGAAACACAGAUGGGAAAAUUGAACAGGUGGAGAAAGUUUUGAUUAAGCUACAAGCAGGAAUAGAGGUUCUAAAGGAUAAUCACGAAAUGUUUGAUGCCCGGCUAAGACUAUCAGGGCUGCAUGUGUCCAAGGCUGAUCAGCGACAAUCAGAUAUCCAGAACCCUGUGAUCAUGGACACUAUGCAGCAAAGGGCAUCCGCUCCUCCCCAGUCUCAUCAACAGCUUUCUCUGCCCAGUUUUCCACAAUCCAUUCCCCAUACUCCUGUUCUCCCUCCUGCUGUUCCUCCACAAAUUGCCCAACAAAGUUUCCCCCUUCCAAACCAAUUUUCCCAAAGUCAAAUCCCUUCAGUCCCACAAAAAGAGCCUUACUAUGCAUCGCAUGGUCAAAUUCAAGAAAGACCAAAUCCUCAAUAUCAGACAACUCCAUCGCAGCAGCCACAGCCCUCCACUGUAGCACCACCACAUCAGCCAUAUGAAUCUGCCCCUCAAUCACAGUAUUCCCAGCCACCCCAGUUAUCGCAGCCUCAAACUUUGGUAGGUCACCAUCAGGUAGAUGCACCUUACAUUUCUUCUCAAAGUUACCCGCCAAGCUUACGCCAGCCGCCCACUGGGGCUCCUCCUUCCCAGCAGUUCUAUAGUGCUGCUCCACACCUGUCUGAUCAACCAUCCAGCCGACCAAGUUCAGAGUUUCCUGCUGGAUAUGGCCCCCAUUCUGGGGCUCCUGAGCCCUUUCCUUCUGGUGGAUUACCUUCUCAGUAUGGGAACAACCCUGCAAUGAAACCGCCCCAACUCUUCUCUCCUGCUCUGUCUCAUAGUGGUGGAAAUGGGUAUCCUCAGCUUCCCACUGCUCGAAUUUUGCCGCAUGCAUUACCUACCGCUUCCGGGAGCAGCGGUGGAGGUGGCGGCGGCUCUGGUUCUCCUGGAGCUGGAAACAGGGUACCUAUAGAUGAUGUGGUUGACAAAGUGAGUAACAUGGGAUUUCCAAGAGAACAUGUUCGAGCAACUGUGCGAAAGCUGACAGACAAUGGGCAGGCAGUUGACUUGAACACUGUGUUGGAUAAGCUGAUGAAUGAUGGAGAAGUCCAGCCCCAAAGAGGCUGGUUUGGUCGGUAACAUAUGCUUUUAUUAUGUAUAGAAUAAUCACUUGAUUCCGGACGGAUUUUGGUAACAGGAAUUAUUUGCUUGGAAGAUUUUUUUUCUUUUCUAUUUUAUUAUAUUUUUUGCAGCGGUGGUGGUGGUGGUGGUUAAGUUGCUCGCACUCUUCUUCUUUUACUCAGCUGUUAUAAAAUGUGGAUUAUGAUCGUCUUGUUUAACACUGUUUUAUGACUUGGUAUCUUGGUUGGUAUUGUGUGUAUAUAAUAAUCUGAAGAGAGGCUUAUUAUCA